GCCAAUUGCCAUCACAAUAUAACACGUAUUGUGCGAUUUGUAAUUUGUGCGAGAAAGUGCCGUUUUCAUAAAAAAUAUCACUAAAUAAAAGUGCGGUCCGAGCGAAAAUUACUAAAAAGAACGUGGCUUUGAAAGCCCAUUGUUGAACAAUAUAAGUGAAGGAUUAUUUUUGUAAAGUAAGAAAAUCAGACCACAUCUGACAACAUCGGCCGUCCCCUUUUGCGUGAAGGUUUGAACGCGCACUGCAGCUGUAAAUUUAGCUCCACAUAAACAAAAUUCGACCAACAUUCGCAACAAUCGAACAAACUAAUAGUUAUUAAAAAAUACAUGCAUACAUAUUUCAUAACACCGAACAACAACAUCACCAACAAAACUUUUUAGGCGCAAGUUAUAAAGUUAAACACCGAUCAUUUGUAACUGCAGCAGCGUGGGAAGGUAGCGCAGAACAGAAUAGAAAUCCGUUUUCAAGCAAACGAGAAAAAAAAUCAUUCAAAUACCACCACUACAAAAACAACACCAACACCAAGAUGGCAACAACUGCUCGUAGCGGGGGCAAUGCCAGCGGCAGUACAGCUCAGCGUCCCAACGGUACACAGCAGAAUAAGAAUUGCCAAUUCAAAUUGGUGCUAUUGGGCGAAUCAGCGGUGGGCAAGUCAUCGCUUGUGCUACGUUUCGUCAAGGGACAAUUCCAUGAAUACCAAGAGAGUACGAUAGGCGCUGCUUUUCUAACACAAACCAUCUGCAUAGAGGAUACGGUGGUCAAAUUUGAAAUAUGGGAUACAGCCGGACAAGAGCGAUACCACAGCUUAGCUCCUAUGUACUACCGUGGUGCACAGGCUGCCAUUGUAGUGUACGAUAUACAAAAUCAAGACAGUUUUCAGCGUGCAAAGACCUGGGUCAAGGAACUGCAUAAACAGGCAUCGCCGAAUAUCGUUAUUGCCCUGGCUGGCAAUAAAGCGGAUUUAUCAAAUAUUCGUGUUGUAGAAUACGAAGAAGCAAAGCAAUAUGCCGAAGAGAACGGAUUACUCUUCAUGGAAACAUCGGCAAAAACGGGAAUGAAUGUUAAUGAUAUCUUUUUAGCAAUUGCUAAGAAAUUACCUAAAAACGACGGAGCAAAUAAUCAAGGCGCUCCCGCUGGUAGAAGGCUGAAUGAUAAUGAAAAUACCCGACAAACAACCAAUUGCUGCAAGUGAUGUCCUUUUGUAGAAAAUGAAAUUUCCAACGAGAGAUUUGAAAAAAUUAUGCUGAUAAUUAUAAAUAAAAAAAUAAAUAUUUAAAUUACAAUUUAAAAACCAGAAAUAGAAAGCAGAAACAAAAAUACGGAUGAUAAUGAUGAUGAUGAUGAUGUUGAGUGGGAAAGCAACCAAUAAUAAUAUAAAAUAUAAAAUUUAAAUUAUGAAAAAUUAUGAUAAGGAUGGUAAUGCUAUGAAAAUAGAUUAAAAUAAAGUCACAUUAAAAAUCGAUAACAGAAAGAAAGUAAAAACAUAAAACAGAAAACAAACAAACGCUCCCUUUUCAGCUCCCUCGUCACCAAAAUCAGCAGCAAUACUCGAGCAGCAAUGUACUACUACUUUCUAAUACAGCUGCCUAAAUAUAUAAUCUGUUAACACACCCAGAUUUCACUUUGCUCCCGCAUCCACAUCAACAUUUUACGUUUGCGUUUGUUCACUCCUCGAAAAAGAACACAAAAAAGUAAAAUCCGCAAAUUCAGUAAACAAAUUAAUAAUCUAUACUAAAUGAAAGUUCAAACGUAAACUUUUUCAAAAAUAAAAUAGUAAACAAUAAAAUACAAAAAUACAUUUAAAAUAUGCAUUGCAUUGUGUAGUUUAAUGAGUAAUGACUAUUACAAAGGUUGUUGGAAUUUUGCGCUGAUCGCAUUCGCCACAACAAUAGAAAUUCCAAGCAACAGCUAUUAACAUACAAACAUACAUAUAAUAUUCUUUUGCGAUGUGACCGUCUGAAAUUGCAGUGAUUGUUUCUAUGGGCUCAACUGUUCACCAUAAACAUGUACAUACAAACAUGCUUGUUGCAAGCACUUAGUUGGUUGUUUGCUCGUCUCGUCGCUGCGUCGCUAGGUCGGUGUAAAAAUGGUAGCAUUUUUGUUUUUCGUUAGUUUUUUGGCUAAGUCAAUUUAUCAAUGUGUCAAGCAAAUCUCUUAUUAGCAAUUCCAAAUUGAAAUUCACUUUCGGUUAGUGUAUAUUCACAAGAACAUUUACUAUUAGAACGCAACGUUUGUGUGAUGAUGAUCAUAAUGAUGACGAUGAUGAUGAUGAUGUUGAUGAGGACGAAAGUAUGCUGUUUAUAAUAAAUAAAGUAUUUGAGUUAUAAAUUUCUCA